CGCAUCUGGACACCAGCCAGUCGGUCCUCUAUAAUAAGACUACACAGCCCCGGCAUUAUGUCAAUUUUCUCAAAGAUGUUGCUCUUUCGAGCGGCUGGCGGACGUCACUAUAGCGCUGCGGCCCAGACUCAACUCCGGGAUAUAUUGAGCACACAGCUGGCAGGGAUCAAGGAAGCGGGCACCUUCAAGGCAGAGCGCAUCAUUACCUCCUCACAGAGCACCCAAAUCACAGUCCAAGGCAGCGACAAGAAGAUCCUUAACUUUUGUGCCAACAAUUAUCUUGGUCUGGCGAACAACCCGGAGAUCGUGGAGCACAGCCAGAAACUGCUGGAUCAGUAUGGCGCCGGUCUUAGUUCGGUUCGUUUCAUCUGCGGCACUCAGGAUAUACACAAGGAGCUGGAGCAAAAGAUAGCCAAAUUCCAUGGUCGCGAAGAUACCAUCCUGUAUGCUUCCUGCUUUGACGCCAAUGCCGGAAUCUUUGAGGCCAUUCUCACGCCGGAGGAUGCUGUGUUCUCCGAUGAACUGAACCACGCCUCGAUCAUUGACGGCAUUCGAUUGUGCAAGGCCAAGAAGCAGCGCUACAAGCACCGAGAUUUGGCCGACUUGGAGCAGCAGCUGAAGGGCAGCGAUGCUCGACUGAAGCUUAUUGCCACUGAUGGUGUCUUCUCCAUGGAUGGUAACAUCGCUCCUCUGGCCCGUAUCGUUGAGCUGGCAAAGAAGUAUAACGCCUUGGUGUUUGUGGACGAAUGCCAUGCCACGGGUUUCUUUGGGGCCACGGGCCGCGGUACCGAGGAAUAUGCCAACGUCAUGGGUGAAGUGGAUAUCAUUAACUCAACGCUGGGAAAGGCCCUGGGUGGUGCUUCCGGUGGAUAUACAACUGGUCCCGCUGAGCUCAUCACUUUCCUGCGCCAAAAGUCCAGGCCGUACUUGUUCUCCAACACCUUGCCUCCAGCCGUGGUGGCCGUUGGCCUUAAGGUCAUGGAAAUGCUGCUGAAGUCCAGUGAGCUCACCCAGCGCGUCCAGAGCAAUACGCAGCGCUUCCGUGAGGCCAUGACCAAGGCGGGAUUCACCAUAGCCGGUGAAAACCAUCCCAUAUGCCCCGUGAUGCUGGGCGAUGCUCGUCUUGCUUCGAAGUUUGCCGAUGAGAUGCUAGGACGUGGAAUUUACGUCAUAGGAUUCAGCUACCCAGUGGUACCCCAGGGCAAGGCUCGCAUCCGUGUCCAAAUCUCGGCUGCUCACACAGAGGCAGAAAUCGAUCGGGCCAUCGCUGCCUUCAUUGAAGUUGGUCGCUCUUUGAAGGUGAUCCAAUAGGAUAAAGGAUAUCCUAACACCAAACCUUGCAUUUAUGAAUUAUUUGUAAAAGAAAAAGCUGCAUUU